AUCCUCAAUAUUCGAGCGCGGGGAGGCUCUUUUACAACUAUUUUCGGUCAAUAGAACAAGCCAACGUUUGCCCAAGAUGAUGAUCAAAGUGAAGACGUUGACGGGGAAGGAGAUCGAGUUGGAUAUCGAACCCGAUGACAAGAUCACGCGCAUAAAGGAGAAGGUCGAGGAGCAGUCCGGAGUACCACCCCAACAGCAGCGGCUCAUCUUCAAGGGACGUCAGCUUCCCGAUGACAAAAAUGCGCAAGAACAGAAUAUAGCGGCAGGGGACGUUCUGCAUCUCGUGCUCGCUCUCCGCGGGGGACGAUAAAUCGUCCGUUUAGUUCGCCUCGGCUGCGCAAUGAUUUAUACCACC